AAUCGACUAUUCAAUUUUUGGAUCAUUUCGGAUUUGGUUCCUAAUUACUCCGGAGUAUUUGUUUGAGGAAUAAUAAUAAUAAUAGGAGAGGGGAGCAAAGAGCGGAGAGAGGUUUGCUCGCUGUAUUGACGGCCACAUUUACGUCUGAGCGCACUCUCAUUCAUUCCUUCCCGGCUUCAACGAUACUCUUCGCGUAUAACUUUCAUCCAGACCGUUUGCAGAUGAAACAGCAGGCAGAUCGUGGUGUUUGAUUUGGAUUCGGAUACGGGGAUGUCGUGCUCAUCGUCAUCUUCUGCUUCGGAGGAGGAUGAGGCAAUGGAUUCGUACAGGAAGGGGGGAUACCACGCGGUGCGUGUAGGCGAUUCUUUCUCCAGUGGUCGGUACAUCGCGCAGCGGAAACUCGGCUGGGGAGAGUUCUCCACUGUCUGGCUGGCCUAUGAUACUAAAACAUCAACAUAUGUAGCUUUGAAGAUUCAAAAGAGUGCACCACAAUUUGCUCAAGCUGCUCUACAUGAAAUUGAAGUCCUCUCUGUUAUUGCUAAUGGUGACCCCUCAAACAGUCAUUGUGUGAUACGGCUGAUUGACCAUUUUAAGCACACUGGCCCAAAUGGACAGCAUCUCUGCAUGGUUCUUGAAUAUCUUGGUGAUAGCUUGUUGCGACUGAUAAGAUCUAACCAUCAUAAAGGCCUUGAGUUAAACAAAGUUAGAGAUAUAUGCAGGUGCAUUUUGACUGGUCUAGAUUAUUUGCACAGAGUACUUGGAAUUAUACAUACCGACCUAAAACUUGAAAAUAUUUUGCUCUGCUCCACCAUUAAUCCCACCAAAGAUCCAAUUAAAUCUGGGCAGUCCCCUAUUCUUGAAAGGCCUGACGGAUUCCAAAAUGGGGGAGCGACCAUGAAUCUCAUUGAGAAAAAGCUAAAACAAAGGGCAAGGAGUGCUGCAGCCCGGCUAUCUGGAAGACAAUCUUCCAUGGUCGAGGGAACAGAUACAAAGCCCACAAGAUCUCUUGAUGGAAUUGACUUAUAUUGUAAGGUUGUGGAUUUUGGAAAUGCUUGUUGGGAUGGUAAGCAAUUUGCAGAAGAAAUUCAAACAAGACAAUACAGAGCUCCUGAAGUAAUAUUGCAAUCUGGGUAUUCUUUUUCGGUUGAUAUGUGGUCAUUUGCUUGUAUUGCGUUUGAGCUUGCUACUGGUGAAAUGAUGUUCACGCCAAAGGGCGGACAAGGUUUCAGCGAGGAUGAGGAUCACCUUGCUCUUAUGAUGGAGGUACUUGGCAAAAUACCUCGGAAGAUGGCAACUAGUGGGGUCCGAUCUAAAGACUACUUUGACAGACAUGGUGAUUUAAAGAGGAUCCGACGACUUAAGCACUCGCCUCUGGAUAAACUAUUAGUUGAUAAGUAUAAACUCUCGAAAGAGGAUGGGGUUGAGUUUGCGGAGUUUCUUCGUCCCCUCCUUGCUUUUGAGCCAGAGAAGCGACCAACUGCACAGCAAUGCCUGCAGCACACAUGGCUCAAUGCUAAUAAGGGUUUGAAUCCGAAUGAGAUCAGCGGCGAAUCUGGCUUUCAUAAAGUUAAUGUUGGGAUGAGCAGCUUUCAUGUUAAGGUGGGUAAGUGAUAGUAGGGGAAUCAAUAUGACCCCCACUGCAUUUGCCCAAGUCUUACCACAGGUUUGUUAGUGCGCAUACGAUUCAUCCUCACUUACCAACACAGCCACAUCCUCCCUGUGGAUAAAAGUAAGUUGGAGGAUUGGGAGAGAGAGCCAAUCCCAGUCAUAUGCCCCCAAACUCUCUUUCUCUCUCUCUCUCUCUCUCUCCACGUGUAUGAAAUUUUGACCACUUAGAUUCAACCGAUUUUCCAAAGUUCCACUUCAUUCAUUACCAGAAUGGCCAAUCAAAUGAUCACAGUUAACACUGAACUAGUAUAAUCUUGAGCCCCCUUCAGGAAUAUGAGAGGUGCGGGUUAACAUUACAAUUUACAAGACAACCCCCGUCCCAGAUUUCAUCCGCGUUCUUGAAGAGAUGCUACUCGGAUGAAUUUUAGGCUCUGUCAAUCAUAUGGGACCUAUUUGGAAUUGGUUGUUAGCUACUUAGCUCUUUGUAUCCGCGUAUUGCUGGAGCAAUUUAAAUUAUUGUGUUACCUGAUUGGCAAAAAAAAUGUUUUGUGAAAUU